AUGACAGACAAGCUGCCGCCGCUGUCGACGCCGAUCGUGCCUCCCAGUCAGCCUCCCUUCUCCCUGCCGGCCGUUGUAACUGUUCGAGAUGUAUCUCGAAAGCAGGAGACUGUAGAGGAAGAGCCGUACACUAUCAAGUGUAUAUGCGAUUUUCCUGACGAUGAUGGGAACACGAUCUAUUGCGAAAAAUGCGACACGUGGCAGCACAUCGAGUGCUACUACCCUGACAAUAUCGAAGACGCUCUGCGCGAGGACUUCUCUCAUUCUUGCGCCGAGUGUCAGCCUAGGUCGCUCGACCGACAGCAGGCUAUUGAGCGACAAAAGGCCAGAACUACGGCUGUACCUGUUGUCGAAGAAGAGGCGGCCGACAAGAAGCCAAAACGUCCGCCUUCGAAGAGCCACAAGAAAAAACCAAAACCGACAGAUCUGCAACUAAACGGCCACCAUGCAGCACCCGAAACCGCGAAACAGCACAGCAGCCCUCACGACUCCAUACCCCCUGCCAAAAAGACAAAACAUUCCCACAAACCCACUCAAUCGAUCUCGCAAGCGCCCAAGCGCAGCCCCUCAUAUGGGAAUGGGAACACAAGAGUCGGCCAUGGCCACCCUCCAAGUCCUGCCAACACUCCGCCAGACCUGCCGGAUGACUUUGAGAUCCACACCUAUUCUUCCGGGUUCCUCUCCCUUUACAAUGGCCAGGCUGUCCAGGUCAUUCAGACAAAUAGCUUUGCCAGUCUUCAGGUGUCCAAUACCAUGUCGGAGUGGUUACGCGACCCCGAGAAGAUGAAAAAGGAGACCGGCUUGGCCUACGGCGAUGUCUUUCAAAAGUUGCCGACAAAUGUUGAUUCCUUGGGGAUAUCACUGGAAAUAGAGCACAAAAAAAAGUCUCUUUCGCCCAACACCGUUCUCCACUGGCAGUGUCUGAAAGCACCGUCGGCGAUUGAAAAGGACGUUCCGCUUAUGGAGGUGAACGGCCAAAUCGGAUUCCAGGCUAGCUACUGUGCCGACCCCAUCAAUCGGUGGAACGAGCUCACGUCUCCUCUCCCCUUCGUUUUAUUCCACCCGAUGCUCCCGCUCUACAUCGAUACGAGAAGGGAAGGGUCCGAGGCCAGACUCGUCCGCCGCAGUUGCAGACCGAAUGCCCAACUCGAGACGUAUCUUUCCGACGGUCGGGAAUACCACUUUUGGCUGGUGAGCGACCGGCGCAUUGCGGCAAAGGAACAGAUUACGAUCCCGUGGGACUUCCGCUUUCCAAAAAAAGAUAAGGAUAGAAUGCUUCGCAUUCUAGGGCUGGGCGACGACGAGUCAGGCGCGCAACCUGAACCCACCCUUGACGAAUCGGAGUAUCAAAAGCUCACCAGCUGGGUCCACCUUGUUCUUUCGGAACAUGGAGGCUGUGCCUGCACUCUUGGGCCAGAGUGUGCGUUUGUUCGGUUUCACCGGAACUACUUCAACAAAACGCAAAUGCGACCAAACCCGCCCAAAAGCAAGAAGCGCAAGCCCAAGACGCAACACAACAUUUCACCUACGAGUACGGGACAUGCCACAAACAGUCGGGCUGCUAGUGAAGGCCAUUUGGAGGAUGUCCCCGAAAAUGACGGCCGAUCCGUUUCAGGUUCCUCUCGAAGCAAACCGCCCAGUCGCGACAUGACUCCCACAGCCCGCCAGGGCUCGUUUGACCAACUCGGUAUAUUGACCGAGCCUACCGACAGGGACAAGCGGAAGGUGACAAUGAUUGAGGACUCGUUUCGGCGCAUGGAGCAGCAACAUCAGCCGCCUCGAAGUAAAAGGAAACGGGUAUCUGACGGGACGGGCUCCAAGGUCAAGUCGAAUAAGCCCAGCUCUGCGACGCAAACACCAACGCUCUCCUCCAACGGGUUCUCCGAGCGCUUGUAUGUCGAUGUCGGGACUUCUAGGAGCAAGUCAGGGUCGCCAUCAAGCGCCAUUUCUCCCCAUAAUAUACAAUCCACCGCGAAGCCUGAGUUGACAUUAGGGUCGGUUCCACUGGCGUCUCGCCAGACAUCUGUUGGGUCUCUCGGGAAUUAUCGCGAUGCUGCAGUGCAGACAGAACCCGAGGAUAAAGCAUGGUACAAGGAACCAAUCCCGAUAAUCACAACGAAGCGAAGAAUUGUAUCUUUAUCGAAACGGCUUUUAGACAGCCGGCAUCGCCUUCGCUUCGACAGCGAGAAGAGUUGCAAGUCGCAGGUGCCAGAACCUAACGCCACUGUCGCCGCAGUGGACGCCAUCAACGCCGCCGAACAAAAAACGCCGUCGUCACCAGCAGUUGGGAAGGAUUCUGAAAGGACUGACACGACGGAAACCCAGGUUGUCGCCAACGCCGAUGAUACCCCAAUGCCUGAUGCGCCUGUCGUAGCACAAACGCUUUUGAAACUGAAUGGGCUACCCUCGAUAAGCUCGAUCAAGAACAAAUCCCCCGAGUUGCGAGUGCAGAUGCCACCUGUACCGGGCUUUGGAGGCAUCGGUUCGGGGCCUUCGACGGCUACAACGCCCUUGUCUGCUGGAGGCGCUGUGGUUCAAUCUCCGUUUUCGGCUAGUACCUUUGCGAAUCCGUUUGUACCGUCACUUGCCAACGGGGUUGCGGCGACUCCAAGCCCUGUUAAGAAGAAGCUGAGCCUCAGCGACUACACCAAGAGCAGAAUGAAUAAGGCGGCAGCGGGUCGGCCAACCAUUGGCACGACGAUGCUGAAGCCCAUGUCCAACUCGGAAGAUCCGAAAUCUGCC